UCCUACAUUGUCCGCUGGGUCCAUGCCGAUGAGGGACAUACUCUGUCGUGGAGCCUACAGCCUCACAAGAAGUCAUUGUACGACCAACCUGCCCGCCUCUUCCCCCUCUCCGCCCCGCCCCUUCCGAAGCCGUCUCGGAAGCCUUCUCGACAGCCGCGCCGGAUCGUUGUUCCCAUCCCCACGCUCUCGCGGAAUUUCGGCAUCUUCAAGCAUCCUGGUACCGGUGCGACCGCACUCCUCUCCUCGACCGGCGGCGACGAAUCGACGUCUGCACAGACCACCGAGGGCAAGUCGGGCCGCCUCAAGCGAGAUACGACAGCCCAGGACCUCCUGGCCAACAAGGGCUUCACGCUCGUCGAAUGGGUGGGAAAAUGCGAGGCCGACAAGGUGUCCAUUGGAACCCAUGACGUGGCCAAGGGGGAAGGCGGAAUGUACGGCCUCGUCUUCGACAACACCUUUUCCAAGCAGACGUCUAAGACGGCCACUUUCGUCGUCCUCACCUAUCCGACCGGUUCUGCACCCCAGACCGCACAUCACAUACCGAACCUGCAACUGCCCCAUCCCAACGCCGCCAGCCAGACGAGCCUGGCCAAGCAUGUCCCCAACCUCGAUGGCAAGGCAUCCGCGUCUUCCGACAGUCUGCCUAGCCACCACGGUACCACGGGCGGUGCACGGCCAGCAUCUGCGAGGAGCGAUGCACCCGCGGCGGCGACCGGAGGCAGCGCGGCCCGUCACGUCGGCACGUUGUCGAAGAGGCGCAGAAAGAAGGGGCAGGGGUACGCUCGGCGCUUCUUCUCGCUCGACUACUCUACGUGCACCCUUUCAUACUACUACAAUAGGAACUCUUCGGCGUUGCGGGGUGCCAUCCCGCUCAGCCUGGCUGCCGUCGCCGCUGAUGAGCGGCGCAGGGAGAUUAGCAUCGACUCGGGCGCCGAGGUCUGGCACCUGCGAGCUCCCAAUAACAAGGAAUUCCAGGACUGGGCCCAGGCCCUCGAGAAAGCGAGCCGCAUCGCCCGAGGAGUGGAAGACCCUCCUCUUCCGUCUUUCAAGGCGAGCCUGGCGGUCGACACCAACGCCAUACGAACUCCGCAGGUUGCCAGCCAGCAGGAGGAGCACGAGUGGAACCAGGUCGAAACGUUGGUGAGUCGCCUGGUAGGCGCUCGCGACGCGCUCCGCCGCCUCACCAAGGAUAUCGUCAAGGAGUCGCAGACGCAGGCGUCUGCGCCAUCCACCCUGCCGGCCACACAUCUUACGCCCCUAGGCUCCAACGGCGAAGACAAGCCGGAGGCCGCCUCGGCCCCCGGUACUCUAGCGGCAGAGAGGAAGCCGUUCUGGAGGCGCAAGUCGACCGCCUCGUCAACCACGCCGCAGCAGCCGGUCGGCGCGACACUCGCAGCCUCAACCCCCGGGGGCAUCGCGCCGGUGGACUCGGAGAACGGAUCGGACACCAGGGGCAAGGGGGCCAAGAAUCAGAUGUCGGAGGAGCCGUCAGUGCCGGCUCACUGCCAGGCGAUCCUAUCGGACAUUGAUGCGGUUGUGGCCGAGUUUACGACAGUCAUCACCAACAGCAAACGGCGACGGAUGGUGGUCCCCCUCUCGGCAGGCGGCGCAUCGCGCACAAGCAUGGAUACUACGGCCUCUGACGAGUUCUUCGAUGCCGAGGAUACGGCGUCGGCUCGGGUGGCUAAUAUUGCGGGCAGCGACGACGAGUCGGAAUCGGACGACUCGGCGGCGUCGUCGCACGAUACGUCAUCCAUAUCAUCGGCCGACGACGAGGAUCCGGCGGGGUUGGGAGACCUGUACCCGUCGAGACCCAAGAGCCUGACGCCGCUACCCAUAGACGGGGUGGUGAGGAGGCGGCUGACGAUACCGGAGGCGACGGUACCCCCGCCAAGCCUGAUUGCGUUUGUGCGCAAGAACGUGGGCAAGGACCUGAGCACCAUCAGCAUGCCGGUGUCGGCCAACGAGCCCAUCUCGGUGCUGCAGAAGCUGGCGGAGCAGUUCGAGUACGCGCAGCUGCUGACGCAGGCGGCCAAGCAGAAGGCGCCGACGGAGCGUCUGCUGUACGUGACGGCGUUUGCCGUGUCGCAGUUUAGCAGCCACCGGGCCAAGGAGCGGGCGGUCCGGAAGCCGUUCACGCCGCUCCUGGGCGAGACGUACGAGCUGGUGCGGUCGGAGCAGGAGGUGCCGGGAGGGUUCAGGCUGCUGGCGGAGAAGGUGCAGCACCGGCCGCUGAAGCUGGCGAUGCAGGCCGAGUCGGCUCACUGGUCGUUUGCGCAGUCCCCGAUGCCGGGCAACAAGUUCUGGGGCAAGAGCGCCGAGGUGACGACGGACGGGCGGGUCCGGGUGGCGCUGCGGCUGACGGACGGCAGCGACGAGUUCUACUCGUGGAACAUCGCAACCAUGUUCCUGCGCAACGUGGUGAUGGGCGAGAAGUACCUGGAGCCGACGGGGACGAUGAGCGUGGUCAACGACAGCACGGGGCACAAGGCGAGUGUCGAGUUCCGCGGCAAGGGUAUGUGGGGCGGGCGCGUGGAGGAGGUGCACGUGACGACGUUUGGGCCGGACGGCAGCAACACCGGCAGCGGGCUCUCCGGCAACUGGACGACGGGGCUGGGCACGGUGGGCCCGGGCAAGAACGCGCCGCGCGACGAGAUCUGGCAGGUGGGCAAGCUGGUGGACCGGGCGCCCCAGACGUACGGCCUGACGGAGUUCGCGGCCGGCCUCAACGAGGUGACGGCCAUCGAGGAGGGCAAGCUGGCGCCGACGGACAGCCGACUCAGGCCGGACCAGCGGCUGGCGGAGCAGGGGAGGCUGGACGACGCCGAGAACCUGAAGGUCAAGCUGGAGGAGGCGCAGAGGGCUCGGCGCAGGGAGCUGGAGGAGAGGGGAGAGGAGUACAAGCCCAGGUGGUUCGUCAAGGCGGCCGAGAACGCGGCCGAGGGAGAAGAGGAGUGGAAGAUGAAGACUGGGAAGGACUCGUACUGGGAGGAGAGGGCUCGUGGAGGAUGGGCGGGUGUAGAGGAUCUGUUCCACGUCUAG